GUACUACAUGUUUUCAAGUGUCAUUUGCGUUUGAACGCUAAACGAACGCGCAACUUAUUUAAAAGCAACUUGAUAAUAAAGCCAAACCCAUUCGAUCGACGAUAGUCAUUGGUUGAAUAACGGGCAGAGGUCGACGUAUAAAUGUUAAAGACCUUGCGCUUCCGUAACGUCUGGACAGCGUGUCAUUCGACACGUAUGUACACGCAGAAGCUGACCGGGAUAGAUCUGCAAAAGGAAAUCAAGAAAAUGCCACACAUCAGACCAAUCGGCCAGCCACCCACGGUUUGGAAAUUGAUUGAAAAAACAGCUAAGGAUGGAAAGAAGAUGAAGUUUACGAUUCAAGAGAUUCCUGAGGAUCGGUACGAGGAUGCGGUUCAACACAUGUGCGAAUUCUUCUUGGCCGAUGAACCGACUUGUCAGUGUUUGGAUGCGAAAAAUGAUCCUGUCUUCGUACGAGACAUAAGCACGAUAUGGCGCCUAUUGUUGGAAGAAGGCAUAUCCAUAGCCGCAUUCAUCGACAAUCCCAACGGUGGAAAACCUAUAAUUGCUGGUAUGAAUGCUCUGGGCGUUGAUCAUAAAGACAAGAAAGACAGUAUUUCGAGUUACCAAUUUAAAUCAGACAAAUGCAGAACCACGUUUGAAAUCAUAGCUGAUGCAACGAAGGUGGUGUACGAUCGUUACGGAGUUGACAAGUAUCUGUAUGCCAUUGGGCUUAGUGUAGACUCUGAUUAUCGAGGAUAUGGAUUAGGCAGAGAUAUCUUGAAAAUAAGAGAACAAAUCGGCCCCAUGUAUGGUAUCCCAGCGACAGCCACGGCGUUUACAUCGAUAAUUUCGCAAAAAUCAGCAGCGGGCGCAGGAUUCGAAGAGUUCACGGAGACGAAAUUCGCCGAUGUGGUGGAUAAGAAUGGAAAGGAGAUCUACCCUGGUAUUAAAUCCAAGUCAUUUAAAAUCAUGGGUAAAAGACUAUCUUAAUAUCGCUCGACCAGGCGCGGCGAUGCAGAAAAAUUGCAUGUUUAUUUAAUUUGUAAUCUGGAGUAAGUCUUACAAUUUCUACUGCAAACUGCUCAAUAUUCCUCAUAUGCCAUCGUGACGCAUCGGGAUGAAUGACAAACAUAAAGGGUACCUUUUCGGUGCACCGGGCGUAUGUCAAACACAUUAUUAUCGGCUUCUUGUCGAAACGCGGGCGGGCGUAACUUCCGUUCCGAUAAACAUGCACCCAUGUGGCAUGUGGAUGCACUUGGAAUACAUACAUGUUACAAAAUUUUAAAUGACAUACUUCCUCUGUAUACGCGGUGAAAUGCGGGUUGCACUUCACGCGCCAGAACCUGCUCCGAAAUUCGUGACAAUACCAUGUCGAUCGCAUGGCUAGAAUUUUAUGAUCGUUGCGGUUUUCUUCAUUUACGACGCGCCAAAGAAAAAGAUCUAAAUUUAGAUCGAAAAAGUAUGCUUUCACAUAAUAAUCAAUGCUAAGCCGUUAAUUUAUUCAAAUUGUAAAUGAAGAAAGUAGUAGUCGCAUUUGAAAAAUAAAAUUGUUUUAUUA